CCAGUUCCGGUUAGAACCCCCCACUCACUUUGCAGAAGGGUGUUUCCAGGAAGAACCCUGCGCUUUCCUUUUUUAAAAUUAAAUUAAAAAAAUAAAAAUUUAAAGUCACCGAAGUGCAUGAAUCUCUCUCUCUCUCUCUCUCUCUCUCUCUCUACGUAUAUAAUCUCAAACGCUUCCCUUCUCUCUCCCAAACGCUUAAUUCCUAUAUAUACACAGACGCUCACUAUAAAUAUAGACCAAACCUUCUGACGUUUCAUGUUGAACAGCUCCGCCGGUUUCCCGACUCUUCCGAGCAUGGAAGCAUUCCAUACGUGCUCCUCCUCGACGUCUUCUUCCGAUUCUUCUUCGUCGGAGUCGUCGUUGGCCGGCGGCGACGGCAGCGGGAAGAGGGUCAGGCCGAGCGACAAGCCGGAGAAGAUCAAAGGCCCGUGGAGCGCGGAGGAAGACAAGGUGCUGACCCGCCUGGUGGAGCGCUACGGCCCCCGCAACUGGUCCCUCAUCAGCCGCUACAUCGCCGGUCGCUCCGGAAAGUCCUGCCGCCUCCGCUGGUGCAACCAGCUCAGCCCCGCCGUGGAGCACCGCCCCUUCUCCGCCGCCGAGGAUGAGACCAUCCUCGCCGCCCACGCCCGCUACGGCAACCGGUGGGCCACCAUCGCCCGCCUCCUCCCCGGCCGCACAGAUAAUGCCGUCAAGAACCACUGGAACUCCACUCUCAAGCGCCGCCUCCGGGCUCGCCGCUCGCCGCCCGUAGCCGCCGCCGACGACGACGGUGUGAUGGCGAUGAUGACGGGUAGGAGUAAUCCAAUUGAUCAUACUGUCCGAGGACCUGUCUCGGUUAACGUUCCCCACUCUUCCAUGCCGGCGGAACCCGACCCAGAGACGACACUGUCGCUGGCACCGCCGGGGGCGGUGAGCGCGACGACGGGGCGGCGGUCGGAGAGCUUGCCGGCGGGUUUCUGGGAUGCGAUGAGGGAUGUAAUUGCGAGGGAGGUGAGGCAGUAUGUGACGUCCACGCUCUCGGAGCCCUCUGGCGGGUUUCACUAGUAUGGGUUCGGGUCCUGGUUCGGGUUUCGUUUUCUUAAAUUUUUUUUUUAAAAUUUGUUUGGAAAAAAUAUAUAUAUCUAUAUAUAUAUAUAUAAAGUCUGAAGGGUAAAUCAAUUAAUAUGUCUAAAAUUAUGGA